GUGCUAUAUGCCUGCCGACGUGGCAGAACCCUCGAGUUCUACGAAAAAAGGAAUCAUUGGCUAUUUAUUUGUCGCUAGCGAUUUAAGCGAAGUCAUUUUUUAUUUUAGUUCGGUAUUUAUCUUGGUCGGAGGUGGUUGUGAUGCAAACGACUACAACGUUGUGAUAGUUCGAACUGUGUUGUGUUUCCUAGUGCAACAAAAGAUUGUGUGUAUUGUGAUUACGUUAAUUGCCUUCGAUAUUUAUCAAAAAUGAUGCUAGUGAAUGACACCAAUUCAACCGACGAUAUUUAUUGCUCUAACACUGUACAACUAAUGCACUUAUUUGACCUCAGCCAACCCAAAGAUAUAAUGACCAUUAUCGAAGUAGAACCAGAUAAAAGUAAUGAUACUAGCACAAUAAAAGAAUCUGUUGAUAAGGCUAAAAUAUCCUUAAGCAAUAAAAGAAAAUCAGUAAAAAAAUGUAAAUCUAAAACAAGGAAGAAGUCCGAUUUAUCAAUAGACAAAGAACAAGACACCUCACAUAUAGCAAACGAAUUUAACAAAGUAACUCAUCAACACUCAAGAAGUGAGAGAGCAAUUAACGUCGAAACAAUGCCAUAUACCCACCAUUCUCCAGCUUCAAAUAAUACCCAAAACAGAUCCAGAGUGCAAGCCGCCAAGCAAAAAUCUCACCAAUGUCAAAUGCAUAGCAAAAGUAUUAACUGGUCACAAAUAACAAACCAAUCCAGUGGUACAACCCCGCAUUGGCAAACCCCAGUAAGAUCAACUGAUGUGCCAAAUUUUAAUCAGAUCAGUCACGAAACAUAUCAUGGCCUGAAUGUUAUCAUUGAGCAUGUCUUUAAUUUUUUAAUCCACGACUUUCAAAAUAACUCAGGAUUAAAUCAAAGAAAACUAAAAUUGUUCCAACGCUGUUAUAACUAUGUAGUUAAUUAUUGCCUUAAUCGUGAUCCGAAAAAUGAUUGGAAUGUUUUGAAUCACAUAGUUCUAGCUGUUGAUUCUAUAGCAUGGAAUAGAUCACAGUAUAAUAAUGAAAAACAAACGCGCCUGUUGCUUAGUGAAAUGUUCGAUUGGUGUCGACACAGACGGUCGAUAGAUACUAUUAUAGAGCCAAGUUGGCCACCUCCGUAUAACCCGCCAGCAUAUUAUAAUGAUCCACAAAUUUCUACGAUGCCACCGCACAUACCGAACAGCGUGUCACAAAAGAAUCCAAAUAAAAGUUCACAGAUAAAUAAUAAAACUACUCCUGCAGUAAAUAAUUAUCAAACAUGUUUAUUUACAGCAGGUACAUAUGGCAAAGAAAUAAGUAUAAACAUAGACACUUGUCUUUUGCAUACAUUGCAAUAUAAUCUGGGAACUGCACAGACGACUACACAGGCAACAGAACACAGUGAAAAUAUUCAGGAGAAGGAAAAGUCGAAAAUCAUUCAGCCCCCCAUAAAAAGUCCAUCUGUAUCGAGGCACAGUGAAUUCAUUAGUCCUCCAAAUGUCAAUAACCUGGAACUCAGCUCCGUCCGACAAAUUUCUUCAGAUGAAGAUCUCACGCCAAUGAUCACCCAUGUAACAUCCCUAAACAGUAAUGCAUCAUACAUAUCUAGAGGUUUCUGUAAUGUUUGCAAAAAUGAAACAAACACACGAUGUACUGGAUGCUACAAAGCUUACUACUGCAGCCGAGAAUGUCAGCUAUCAGAAUGGCACGUUCAUAAUAAGUUAUGCAGUGGCACUCAUUGAAAGAAACUAAAUUGACCAACUUCAAUCUGGCAAUUAUUCCAAGAUUAAAAAUGGCACGCUGCUGGAACUUUGACCUGUAUUCUAACAUGUUGCUCAAGGACCAAAUUCAAGCAUUUCAUAGAAAAAUGGUGUCACAGAUCUAGAAUGGAGAUUUAAAUUUGAUUUGCGUUUUGAAAGACGCCAUUAUUAUAAUUUUUAUGAUUGUGGA